CCUGGAGGGGUGUGCGGGGCGGGGAGGAGGCGGGGGGGGGUCGUGCGAGUCCGGGCACGGGUGGUAGCAACAGGUUUUCUUCCGCAGCAGGGAUGGACGAGAGGGACUGUCCCCCCGCGCCGCCAUCCCCUCCCCAGCCCCGGCUGCCCGUGCUGCCGGCAGCGGGAGGCGCUCGGCCGGUGGCGGGACCGCUCGGCUGAUUCCCGGCGUUCUGCUGUCCUGUCGCGGAGGAGGCUGACGGCGGUCAAGGCUGCUCCAUCGGGCUCGGUUUGUGAUGCUCGGUCUUCCCCUUCCCGGCUCUCCCUCUGCCCGAGUCCUGGGUCUGCACAGUGCAGCGUGGAGGCUUGUGUUUCUGAUUUCUUCUCUGCCUGAUCUGAAGGCCAGAAAAUAGUACCACAGCUCUUGGAAGAUCUGAAUCAUGCCUUGUCCAUUCUUGCAUAUUGUUGUAGGUUUUCUUUAUCCACAUGCCCUAAAGGUAUGUAAGACUAUUGAUGUCGUUUAUAAACCCCAGCUUCUGCAAACGACAGUUCUGUGUGUAAGGAGGUCACCCUAGCAGGGGCACAUAUCCCCAGGGUGCGUAUCAAAGGGGAGAAGACACUUGCAGAAGUAGCCAAGUGAUGUGAAGUUAUCUUCCAAGAUGACUGUUCUACCUGGAGAAAAUUCCGACUAUGACUAUAGUGCCCUGAGCUGCACCUCAGAUACUUCCUUCCACCACACAUUCUUUCCAGAAACAGAAACACUUAAGGGAGUCUUUUACCAAAGAGCCAAGCUAAUUCACCCUCAAGAGGAUCUCCUGAAAGGCUUUCACCCUGAUGAUCGGAAGCAUCAUAUUAUUAUAAACGUAGGGGGCAUUAAGUAUUUGCUCCCUUGGACCACGCUUGAUGAAUUCCCAUUGACACGUCUGGGACAACUGAAGUUCUGUACUAAUUUUGAUGACAUUCUAAACAUCUGUGAUGAUUACGAUGUGACAUGUAAUGAAUUCUUUUUCGACCGCAACCCAGGGGCAUUCAGGACAAUCCUGACCUUUCUGCGGGUCGGAAAACUUCGUCUCUUGCGUGAGAUGUGUGCACUGUCUUUCCAAGAGGAGCUGCUCUACUGGGGAAUUGAGGAAGACAACUUGGACUGGUGUUGUAAGAGGAGAUACCUGCAAAAAAUGGAGGAGCUUACAGAAAUAAAUGAACGGGAGGAUGACCUCAUAGAAAAUGAAACAGGUGAAACAGUAGAGGAGACAAGAAUUGGCUUGUGCAUGAAGAAGCUGCAAGACAUGGUGGAAAGACCCCAGUCUGGCCUCCCUGGAAAGGUGUUUGCUUGUUUGUCUGUUUUAUUUGUAACUAUCACAGCAGUGAACUUAUCCAUCAGCACCAUGCCUGACCUGAGGGAGGAGGAGGAAAAGGGUGAGUGUUCCCAGAUGUGCUACAAUAUUUUCAUUGUGGAGUCUGUGUGUGUGGCAUGGUUUUCCCUGGAGUUCCUGCUAAGAUUCAUCCAGGCAAAGAGCAAGUUUGCAUUUCUGCGGAGACCAUUAACCCUGAUCGACAUAAUAGCCAUUCUGCCAUACUACAUCACUUUGCUAGUAGACACCACGUCAGUGGGCUAUAAAAAGCCCAGCUCUGGGAGCAUCUACCUGGACAAAGUAGGUCUGGUCCUCCGUAUUCUCCGUGCCUUGAGGAUUCUGUACGUCAUGCGGCUGGCCAGGCACUCCCUGGGGCUGCAGACACUGGGGCUGACAGCUCGCAGGUGCACCCGUGAAUUCGGGCUCUUGCUGCUCUUCCUCUGUGUGGCCAUUGCACUGUUUGCACCACUCCUCUAUGUCAUUGAGAAUGAGAUGGCGAACUCGCAGGAGUUUACCAGCAUCCCCGCGUGCUACUGGUGGGCUGUCAUCACCAUGACCACGGUAGGCUAUGGAGAUAUGGUUCCCAGAAGCAUUCCUGGCCAAGUGGUGGCCCUCAGCAGCAUACUGAGUGGCAUCCUCCUCAUGGCAUUUCCAGUCACCUCCAUCUUCCACACGUUUUCACGCUCCUACAUUGAGCUAAAGCAAGAACAGGAAAGAAUAAUGUACAGGAGAGCACAGUUCUUAUUAAAAACAAAGUCUCAGAUAAGUAAUGCAUCACAAGGGAGUGAUAUUUUAUUCCCCAGUGUCUCUUCUGAGACUAGGGACAAUGAAUGAAAUUUAGGUUACUGUUUCUCCUGACGUCAAGUGAUGUUUUGUUAUAUCAGAUUCCAUCUUUUAAUUUGCUUCGGAAGCAUUUUACAAAGGUAACCCUCAUAUUAAAAUAAGAAAAAGAGUUAUUAAUCAGGAACUGAGAAGUCUAUUAUUAUGCUGUUUCUAGUCCCCCCUCCAGUAUAAUAUAUAGGAUCUUUCACUGAGAUCAUACAGUGGGAUUUUAGGAAUUAAAAGUCUCUGACAAAAAUAGAACACCAUAUAAUAAUGUAUUUGUCAGGCUGUUUUCCCAUUUGUAAUACAUAUUUUUCCAACCGAAUCACGAUGUAUAUAAUCAUGAAACAGGCUGCCAUUUCUCUUGUUCUUCUUGUAUAUAAAUAAUGUAAAUACAACAAAAUUGAUGGUGAAAAAUCUCUCCCAGUAAAACGCCUUAGAGCAUAAUGGAAAUAUCCAUAGAUGUUUAAUCCCAUUGUGCUCUUAAAAAAAACAUCAAGUGAGAUUUGUAAUUCACAACAGCAACUGUGUGUUUCUCUGCAAGUCAGCCCUAAACAUACCAGAAGAAUCGAGCUGUUUGUGUCAUAAUCUUGCUCAAGAUGUAAAUACUUAUAGCUCACCAGCGACAAAGUUUAACUGAAGCUACAGUGCUGACCUAUGUCAUUGAAUGCAGUAAUCCCAGGAACAAAGUCUUUGAGUUUUAUAGCAUUUAAUAUUAUUACUAAGAGGUGACUAGCUGCAGAUCAAAUGAAAUAUGCAUGAUGAGAUGCCAGUCAUUCCCUACCAUCUGUUUCCAUGUUUUUACUUUACCUCAGAUAUGAAACAGAAUUAAAAGAGGCCUGUUUCCAGGGGACACCCUACCAUUACUUGGCAAAUCGAAGCUUCGGCUACCCAUUCACAUUCAGCAUUUGGUUCUUUAGAAGGAGCAGAAAAUAUAUGGUCGUGGGAAGUUGCCAAUGGUGAAGAAAAGAAAAUAUCAUUUGAGUCAUGGAGUGGGGGGUACUGACAGCUUUAUACUUUACUGUCCUCAAUCAGGAGGGACUUAAGACUUACUUAAUCAUACCUUUGCCAUCAUGACACACAUCAUAGGAUUGGAGAAAAUUUUAAAUAGGAUAUGAAAUAGCAGUUAAGGUCCCAAAACACACCCAUGUAUAUUCUUCAUCCUUGUGUGUGUCUUGGUCUAGGUCCUGCUGAAGUCAGUGGGAGCACAAUGGGUCAGUGAAACACUGAGGUUUGGCACAGGUUUCUGUGGAGAUUAAUGACAGAACUCCCAUUUAUUUUAGAGGGAAUGAGACCAGUUUGCACAACAGUUCAGGAGGAAAACUCCAGAGAUUAAAAAAACCCCAACAACCUAUUUGUUUGAUUUCAUGUGUGCUUAGAGGUAAAGAAAAGCUAAUCUCAAGGGUUUCACCUUCCCUCCUCCCCUCCUUUUUAGUACUUAUUAACAGUUAUGAGCCAAGGAAAUUCAGAAGUUUCCAUCACAUUCACCAAUGCUUCUCUAGAUUCAUUUCCAGAAAUACUAUUACUUGUUGGCAUUUCUGGAGCAGGUUGCUCGAAAUGCCAGAAUACACAAUGGGUUUGUGAUUUGAAUGAAGGCCAAGGACACAAACAUUGUCCUUUCAAUAAGGUAGAGUUAGUUCCUCAACCGUUGCUGUUUGGCCAAGCCCAUGCUACAUUGGUUUUCUUUUCAACUGUCUUUAAAAUACCAUUUGAAGGUCUUCUGAUAUAUGUGCUCUUGAAGAAUAAUUCCAGAACAUUAAAAAAGGCACUUUACAAGUAAUGAGGGCUCUAGCAUUCUUCAGCCUGCAGUAGGUAAAUAUGCACAUGGAGCAUUUCUGCAGAAGUCUAAACUCUUGGCAGUUAAUUAUGUGGCAGAACUACAAAUGUAACCAGCUUUUCACUCUUGUUCUUCUAAUUAGAGUUGGACAAAAAACAGAGACAUCGUGACAAAAAAGGGACACAUUUUCCAUCCAAAAUGCACUUAAUUUCAAAACUUCGAUCAUCUGUAGCAUUGGCUUCAACACAAGUGCUAUACAUCCUUCUACCUUUGUGUCAGCAGUCGUUAUAAAAAGAACUGGUAAUUAGAUUAGUCCUGUGAGCAACAGUUGCUUAUCUAAGAAUGUGUUUGACAGGCUGAGCCAUAAAUAAGAAGCUGUAAAUGAAUACAAGGAGAAAUCAAGAAUUACCAAAUAAAACCUAAGCUUAUUUCCAUGUUAUGCUAGCUAAUAAAUCCAGAAGGUCCAUCCAUUCUGUCAGUGUCUUUCCAUUAAGUUAAUGCUCAUUUAUUUCAUGUAUGACUUUAUUUUUUUAUCCCAAAUUAUCGCUUGAUUCUAAAGUCCUUGUCUGGCAACAAAAAAAUACCACCCUGAAGUUGGGUUGAAGUUGGUUGAGCAAACCUGUGAAAGCAUCUUGCCUGUUCUGCCUAAGCCAGGAACAAGUUAACUGCCCAGGAGGCACCCCUAUGUGAUUUUGUACUUGGCAGCACACUGACUGUAAGCAUAUCAACAUGUUUUACUGUGAAUCACUGUAACAAAGUUGCUUGUGUUUUACAGGAGGCAAUACAUACUGUAGUCCUUAUGCUAAAUAAACCCAGCUACAAGUCUUAAGAGCACAUUAGUAUGAAACCCACAUGCUGUGUUCCAGCUCUUACUGUGAAGGCUGGGGGCCUAAAGUGAUUAUGCCUCUUUACAGUGUAUUACCCAACUUUUUAGUCAAAUUCAGUUAAAUUAUGAGUUGAUUCAAAAGCUGCCUGUUUCCAGUGGCACAGCUGAUAGCUACCAAGUCAGCUAUCACUCCGUUUUGCAUUUAGCAGCAUGUGCAGUCAACAAGAAAGUCCCAAUAAAAAAACACUUUGUGCUUUUAUGAAGAAAAAGGUUUGAAUUGCCACUGAUAGUGGUGCACUUCUGCAACAGAGGGGCUUGCAUUGCUCUUUCUAUUACCCUCUGUACAGUGCAGUACUAUGUACAGUAUGAAAUGAAACAGCAGCAGCUGUAUUAACUUUGAUUAAUAAAGUGUUAGUCUCCUUGCAUUUCCAUGUGCUUCUUAUGGUACAGAAAGACUGUCACACGUGCGUAGGUAUGCUUGACAACCUGGGGUCAGUCUGAGAAGUGAGCAGCAGCUAAGGCAGAGUUUGGGCAAUGAGCAUUGCUACCUGAAGCAGGCUGGCUGUGAUGGAAAGUAUAUACUAGGAAAGAAAACCAUCUCAGUAUAGAAAAAUAUAGGUAGCAAUUCAGCAGCUUGUAUAAGGAAACCUCUUUCUUGCAUGUUGUCCCAAGAGUCACAAUCACGGUUACUUGGGAUAUAAUUUUAAAAUAUUUUAACCAUUCAAUAUUUUAACCAUUUAACCAAAGAAUCAUCAGAUUUAGAAAAAAACAGGAAGGAUCCACUGAGAUUGAGAAAGAGAAAAAUCCCUGAUAAAACCAGCAUUUCCAGGGGAAGUGGUAGAUUAAAUUACUUGCUCCAGAAUCUUUCCCUCCUCUGUCAUCCUGCCUCAAAAAAAAUAACAAAAGCAACAAAAAUCACUUGGUGAGUGCAACACUAAUAAAUGAAGACAGAGCCACAAGGCUUCUUGAACUAUACAUCAAGGAACAUAAUUUGCAAGGUGAGUUGGAAUAAUUUGUAUUACACUAACAUUCAUUACAGGUCAAGGUCUUAGGGAAAUUUCUCUUUAGGGAAUACAUAGGACUUGUCUACAUUUGUCCCUUUAUAUUUUUUCCACUGUAACUCAGUACUCCAGAUUUCCAUAGUCAGAGGCUUUAGUAGUGUCAUUCAAUAGUCCAAGGCCUUACCAAUGCCCAAUUAAACAAUAAAAAAGAUCAUGCAGAACCGAAUCACGGAUUUACACAUCAUGAGAUGCACAUCUGGGAAGGAAAGCUGGCAUGCUCUAUUCAUUCAUGACUUGUGUGGGUAGAGUUUAACCGGGGAUUCAGGCUGAUGCAAAAGCAAAGACUUUUGCUGUGGAAGGUUCUCAUUCCUACUGCUAUAGCUCUCCUCUGCAAUUGAAGUUUCAUAGGAAUCUCUCUAAACAAAAGCUUUCCACUCAAACAGUCCUUUAGGCUACAGACUGAGAGUAAAAGUUCAUUUUAGGCACUUACGGAAGUGCCUGAAGCAGCAGCCUCGUCAAAAGAUCUGAAUCAGCACUGGGGAUAUGUAGUCCUCUCUGGGGUUUAUUUUUUAACUAAGGGAGCCUGGAAUGAGCUAGAUCCCUAGCUCAGGUGUCACAUUUAAAGGCCAGUGUUAGAUGAAUGGGAAUGUUAUUCUUCAAUUGCACAGAAGCACUAGUAUCUACCAGCCUUAAUGUUAUUUGUUCUUUGCACAUCUCAUUCAAAAUAAGUAGGGACCAAGGAAUAUAAGGCAGCACAAAGAAUCCAGAUCCAGAGAAGCCAGCUUGUUCUUGGUCCAGGUCAGUUUGAAACAAUAGAACAGCAGCAAAUACAGUUCUUGGCAGUUCAUGCCUGACCGUGAAAUAGUCCUGUUCCAUACAAUUAUUGAUCUUUUUGCUUAGAUAACAAGACUAGGAAGUUAAAACAAGAGGAAAGGAACAGAUACUUUUCCUAACAAAGCUAUGGGAUUUCAUAUCCCUCUUUUGGGUUUGCAACAGGAUGAAAUCUGGAGCAGAUAAUCCUAAACCUACAGAGAUUUCAUUGCCUGUGUAUAAUCAGAAAUUAAACAACAAAGUGACAAAUGUGAGUUCAAAGACUGUGACACCAAUCUCUGCUCUCACGUCGGUCACUGACAUUAACCCCUAACCUGACCAGUUGACUCUGACCCAGGUAUCAGAGUUUCACCAUUUUCACAUUCAUUACUCACCAUUUUCAUUUCUACCAGUAGUUGCCACAAUAGUACAUGGCCCAGUUUCUUCUGUGUUAAUAGUUAAUUUUAUGCAAGAUUUGACAGUCAAUUUAGUAUCUAUCCAAAAGGUGACAGGAGUGCCAAAAAUAGACAAAAAAUAAGGAAAAGAAA